UUUUACCGUUGCUGUAGUGAGUGGCGGCCUAGCGAAGGCCCCUUCUCUUUGACCCCCCUCAUUGCCCAGGCCAUUCUUUGCUUAUUUAAUGGCCCAUCCGGUGACUUGGUAGGUGCGUUGUUUGUGACAACAGACUGCCCUCCUUGGAGCGCGGGCUGCCAGCUGCUGCCGAGGCUGGUGCAGCCGCUGCAGUCUCCAUGGUAACGGCCCCGCCGGCGUCGCGGCCUCUCGGGGAAGAUGCGGCCUGCUGGGCCCGCCGCCUCGCCCCCGGCUUCUCGGCCCGGCCGGGGCCACUGAGGAGGAAGGACCCGGCCGUCGGCCUGCCUGGCAGCGAGCACCAGUGAAAUCCCACUCUCUGGCUGGAGACACAGAUGGCCUCAAAUGAGAGAGAUGCUAUAUCGUGGUAUCAAAAGAAGAUUGGAGCAUAUGAUCAGCAGAUAUGGGAAAAGUCAAUCGAACAGACUCAGAUUAAGGGGUUCAAAAAUAAACCAAAAAAGAUGGGUCGCAUAAAACCAGACUUGAUUGAUGUUGACUUAAUCAGAGGCUCAACAUUUGCCAAAGCCAAACCUGAAAUUCCAUGGACAUCUCUGACUCGGAAGGGGCUUGUUCGAGUUGUGUUUUUUCCAUUGUUCAGCAAUUGGUGGAUUCAGGUUACCUCUUUAAGAAUCUUUGUUUGGCUGCUACUGCUUUACCUCAUGCAAGUUAUAGCGAUUGUAUUAUAUCUUAUGAUGCCUCUUGUGAAUGUAAGUGAAGUACUUGGACCCUUGUGCCUUAUGCUACUCAUGGGAACUGUCCACUGUCAGAUUGUGUCUACGCAGAUAGCAAGGCCUUUAGGAAACAAUGGCAAUCGGAGAAGGAGAAAAUUACGAAAAACUGUAAAUGGUGAUGGGAGCCGAGAAAAUGGAAGUAGUAACUCCUCUGAUAAAGUCAGAGGAAUAGAAACUUUGGAAUCUGCAUCCAUUAUUGGUGGUUUUUGGGGGACUCUCUUUGGCAACAGGAUUAAAAAAGUAAAGUUACUAUCUAACAAAGGGACUGAAACUGACAACCACUCAAGUUGUCUCCAUCCUAUCAUUAAGAAGAGGCAGUGUCAACCAUAUUUUAGAAUGUGGCAAACAAGAGAGAAAGGAAAAUUUUCAGAUGGAGAAAAGUGCCAUAGGGAGGCAUACAGGCGUUUGGGCAAUGGAGUUUCAGAUGACCUGUCCAGUGAGGAAGAUGGUGAGGCCCGGACACAGAUGAUAUUGUUGCGAAGGAGUGUGGAAGGGGCUUCAAGUGACAAUAAUUGUGAAGUUAAUAGAAAAUCAAUACUUUCAAGGCAUCUAAACUCUCAGGUAAAGAAAACCACUACAAGGUGGUGUCAUAUAGUACGAGAUUCAGACAGUGUGGCUGAAUCGGAAUUUGAAUCAGCAGCCUUCAGCCAGGGCUCUAGAUCUGGCAUGAGUGGUGGCUCUCGAAGCCUCAGCCUGUCAAGAAGAGACUCAGAAAGCACCCGCCAUGACUCGGAGACUGAGGAUAUGCUAUGGGACGACCUGCUGCAUGGCCCAGAGUGCCGGUCCUCUGUCACCAGCGACAGCGAGGGGGCCCAUGUGAAUACCCUACACUCAGGGACCAAACGUGACCCCAAAGAAGAUGUUUUUCAGCAGAACCAUUUAUUCUGGCUUCAGAACUCAAGUCCUGCCUCUGAUCGAGUUAGUGCAAUAAUCUGGGAAGGAAGUGAAUGCAAAAAGAUGGAUAUGUCUGUGUUGGAAAUAAGUGGUAUCAUCAUGAGCAGGGUCAAUGCAUAUCAGCAAGGAGUAGGUUAUCAGAUGCUGGGAAAUGUUGUCACCAUUGGAUUAGCAUUUUUUCCUUUUUUACAUCGCCUUUUCCGGGAGAAGAGCUUUGACCAGCUAAAGUCCAUUUCUGCUGAGGAGAUCUUGACUCUCUUUUGUGGAGCUCCACCUGUUAUAUCUAUUAUUAUUUUGUCUAUAAUUAAUUUUUUUGAAAGAUUGUGUCUUACGUGGAUGUUUUUUUUUAUGAUGUGUGUGGCAGAGAGAACAUAUAAACAGAGAUUUUUAUUUGCAAAACUCUUCAGUCAUAUUACUUCUGCCAGAAAAGCAAAGAAAUAUGAAAUACCUCAUUUCAGACUUAAAAAGGUGGAGAACAUUAAAAUAUGGCUCUCACUGCGUUCCUACCUGAAGAGACGCGGUCCCCAGCGUUCAGUUGAUGUGGUUGUAUCUUCGAUCUUCUUAUUGACACUCUCGAUUGCUUUCAUUUGUUGUGCCCAGGUUCUCCAAGGACAUAAAACUUUCCUGAAUGAUGCAUAUAACUGGGAGUUUUUGAUCUGGGAAACAGCUUUACUGCUUUUCUUACUACGCCUGGCCUCCCUGGGAUCUGAGACCAAUAAGAAAUACAGCAAUGUUUCAAUAUUACUUACAGAACAGAUUAAUUUAUAUCUUAAGAUGGAAAAAAAGCCAAAUAAGAAAGAACAGCUCACUCUAGUAAACAAUGUAUUAAAGCUGUCCACCAAGUUGUUAAAAGAGCUGGACACACCAUUUAGACUCUAUGGACUGACAAUGAAUCCCUUAAUCUACAAUAUCACAAGAGUAGUUAUUCUUUCUGCUGUCUCAGGAGUUAUAAGUGAUCUUCUAGGAUUUAAUAUAAGACUGUGGAAAAUUAAGUCAUAAGCUGAGUCGUGCGCCUGGAUUCCUGCCCCUGGCUGGCCCCGGUGCUGACCGCUGAGGAGCAAGAGGGCCUCAGACGGCGUGAGCCCCACCUGCCGUGUGCUGCUUCACGUGCACAGGUGCUCCCAGCUCUGCCAGAGCUGAUGAACAUUGUUCUCAGAGGAGCGAGUCCUUUCCCCAGGGUGUGCAUGCUAAAAACCCGAGUCCAGCAGUACGCAUAGGAGUAGACUGGAGCCUGUGUUACAGGAAUAUGAGGACAGUUUUGCAAGGAAGUUUAUUCUGGGCACUGUAGAACUGUGACAGUUACAUUUACUGGAAAUAGGCUUUUUGGGUUAAUAUGCUAGAUGCCCAAAGCCUGAAGCAAACAUCUUUUUACUGGAAAUACAGAAAUUCAGCACUUUUCUAUUACAGUCUAUGAAAUUGGAGAUUUCUUUUCUCUAUCAAAGAGAGUCAAACUAUUUUAGGUUGAAUCCAAAUAAAAAAAAACUUUACUUGAGAGUUUCAGUUUCUAGGCUUUUUUAUUUUGGCUGAAGGGAAAAACAUCUUUUUAAGCUAUCAUUUUUGGUUCAGCUAUGAAAAAAAUCUUUAAUUAGCUUGAUUUUGAGCUAAUUCUAAUAAGUACAGUUGCUGGUAAGUCAUGCAUAUAAUAACCUCAGUAAUUCACCCAGAGAAAUGUAAGUAUAUGUCUACUUAAUCUAUGUCCAUCAUAUGACGUGCUUUCCAUGUUAAUAGUUUUAUCUGUCAUGCAACUUAAUGUAUCCAACCCUCAGUAGUUUCAGGUCCUCAGUGUCUAUGAUUAUCCAAGCCAUCGGGCUGUUGAUGAUGUAGGUUCUCUUAUCAGCAUCUCCUAUUACAUAUGCACACCUGUAUGUAUGCUAAUGAAAACUCCAGCUUUCUCACUCAUUAAGUUACCUGCUUUGAAGCAUCUCUUGAGGCAAAUUGAAAGCCUGAACAUUUUAAUUACCAGAUUUUGUGAAACCUGGUUAUUACUUGUAAAGCAUGUAUUCAUUUAAAAUCGGUAUAUUGGUAGUACAUAUUCUAUAUGCAGAAAGAUUUGUGAGGCUUAAAUAUCAAUCUUUAAGUCUAGGGACUGAGAUCAGAUCUUUCUGGGUUCAAAUCCUUGGCCUUGCCCCUUAGCUUCCUAAUCUGGGACAAAUUAACAUCUUUGCAUCUCAGUUUCUUUAAAAAAGGGAUAAAAUCUACCUAAUAAGAUUGAGAUUAUCAUGUAAGAUACUUAGGGUAUUUUAGCACAUAGUAAAUCCUCAAUAAACAUGUUAUUACUACUUAAAAGUCCCUUAAAAAUUUCACUGAUAAGAUUCCUAAUCCUGAAGAUAGAAACAUAGGAAGCAAGGUUGCUGACCAAAGUGGAUCACAUGCAGCUGUUCUAAAUGCCACAUGGGGAAAUACACCUUUUUUAAAUGGUAAAAGCUCAUUAUUGUGAUGUACCGCUAGUAAGACCUGUUUUGUAGAGGCACUUCAGAGUCUCAACAGAUGGCUCAUAGAAUUUCUGUAAUGAACAAUAGCAACUGUCUCAAAUACAACAUUGAGCUCAGUGCAGAUUUCAGAUGAAGAAAGCUGAUGCCUUUGAAUAUUUCUCUGGCCAAAAUAAAGCUAUUCUAUUUCUACCCCCUACUUUUGCACUGCAAAUUCCAGUGGGCGCUCUUGUGAGUUUCUUCAGCCAUGAUUUUGCUGGUGUACAGUUGGUUUAAAUUAUUUUUCACCUGGGUAAAAUCCAGUGUAAAAUAUAGUUGAUUAUUUCAGAAACUUGGGAAUCACUCAACUCCUUAUUCAUACCUCACAUCCAGUCAAUCACCAAGUCUUUGGAUUUCUUCUAGAUGUUUUCUAAUCAAUCCACUCUUCUCUCUCUCACUGCCACUGGUCUAAAUUGACAUCAUUUGGUUUUUGAACAAGUGUCUGGUGCUUCUGUUCCUACAUAUCAUGGCUUUCCCUUCCCCCAAAACAACCCAUUCUUAAAAAGGAAAUGUGUAUUAAGUUUUGUCAUUUAGAGCCCAUUAAUAGUUAACUUGUUUUGAAGAUAACCUGGGUCCUUUUGGCAAGGUGCAUAGGCCCACUGUGUUGAGAAGUAGUUCUGAAACUUGACAUAAAAAUAAUUUUGCUAUGCGUAAAAGUCUGGGUUUAAAGAUGUAGCUGUUUCACUGCUCUCUGGGUUGGGUUCUAAGUUUGCCUCACUUUUAUCAUUUAGUUUUUUGUUUUUUUUUAACUUUGGCUACUCCUAAGAUUUUUAUCUUUACCAUGAAAUUUGUGGAAAUUAUAAUGUGUAUUGUGUAUUGGUAUAGUUUUUGUCAUGGGCAUUUUUGUUUCUUACGGUUUAUUGGACUUAUUGAAUGUAUGGACUUAAAACUUGCAUGGUUUGUAUUUUCAGAUUGUCAAAUGAGGAAAAACCUGACAUUCCUUAAAAUAAUUUUUAUAUUCUGCCCCACUUUAUAGAACUUGAAUUUACAUGUAUAUUAAGCUGCUUAAAAUUAACCUUCUGCUCACUGAUAAACGAUUUUCUAGUCUCUUUUAUAAUUUUGGAUGGUUUCUUUUGUUGUACCUUUAAGUUUAAGCUUGUUUUUGAUUUCUUCCUUUUCUGAGGCCAUAUUUUCAUGAUUUUACAUGCUAAUAACUGUUUUUAUGCGAGUUUACAUUUUGGGUGUUAGGUCUUGGUGUGUAUUCUUUUUGUGUAAUCAUUUAAAUGUUCUUGAGCUUUAUUUUGGAACACAGUUGUUACUCGUCAUGGCUUGCUUCUAAACUUUGUUAGCUGGGCCAGAGCGGUCUUAAGUUUGGGGCUACUUUUCUGCACUGUGAAGCGGCAGCCUUCUGUAUACAGUAUCGUAGCUGCUGCUUUAUCUCCUGAGGCUUUCCUCUUUGGCUGUGGGAGCAUAAGCUAUUCCCAGCCCUGUGUGAACUCCAUUUUCUGCCUCCUCCUGUUCUUGGCUAUUUCUGCCUUUGCUUGUGCCCAUCAUGGUCAGCGGAGGCUUCCAAGGAGCCCUCUGCAUGUCUCUGCAGCUCUCCUCUGCGUAGUGGAUUUUCUGUGGUACUCUGUCCUGCCAAUUCUAGCCACCCUGGCCCGAAUGCUCAGUUCUGUCCUUCCAACUCAGUAGACUGCUUGGUUCUGUUGAGUUUUCCUUUUCUACACCACAGCAUAGAAACUGCCUCAGUCAUCUGGGGCAGUCCUGGAGCUGCCUGUUUAGCUCUACUGUCCUUUGCUGCUUAUUGUCCUCUAAUAUCCCUUUUUUUUUUUUUUUUUUGGCACUGGGGGAUCAAACUCAGGUCCCUGCGCUUACGGGGCAGGCGGCAGAACCACUGAGCCUAAAUCCCCGGCCCCCUCUAAUAUCCUUUAAAAAUGUUUUUUCAUUCUUUUUAGUUAAGGUGGGAGAGUAAAUGUUUUCCCUACCCUAGUAAAUGACAAAAAGUUUAUACCCAAUUACUCAAGCUAAAGGCUCCAAAGUUUUUGUUGUUUUGUUUUUGGUUUUUUGAGAAAAGUCUGUGUAGCGCCGGCUGGUCUACAACUUGUGGUGGUCUCCUGAGUGCUGAGAUUACAGGCAUGCACCAUCACACGAAACUUUAGUCUUAUGUGCUGCUGAAGCGAGCACCAUGCCAUGUUAGUAUCAUUUGUGUUUCCAUUGCCACUAGGUUAAGCCUCCUGCACUUAACCUUAAGUUACUUGCACUCUGAUGCAGACCCACUGUUGUUUCUGUUAUCAACCUACUACAGUUACUUCUCCACAGCCACACAGAUCAUCUUAUAAUAUGGAAGCUAUCCUUACACCAUUCCUAUUUCAACCCUUCUUGGGUUUCCCAUCAUCGCCUCCAAGCCUUCCCUUAUCAGUUCUGCUUCCCUCUCCAACUUUCUCUCUCUCACCCUGUGGAUUCUCACUCUUCACCUUCCCACUGCACUCUUCUGGUAGAGCGAGUUCUCAUUGUCAGGCCCCCAAAAGCUUGCUACUUCCACCUGCUUGCUGGUGCCUCUCUCUCAGCGCUUAGCUGUUAGUUCCUUCAAGGAGCCUUCCCUGGUAACACAGUUAUCUGCUGAUUUCCUUCAUGGCGCUGAGCAGUGUGCAGGAUGACCAGACCUCAAGUCUGUUACCAUUCAUGCACUUUUUUUGUUAGGAUGGAAGAGCAGUCACUCGUGGAUUCUCCUACCCUCACUGCUUCAUUUAUCCCUGUACAAGCACUUCCAGGGACUUGUGCUUUUGAUUCCCAGCAAAGGAUGAGUAAUUAAACCAAGAUGUGAAAACAGAUAGGUUAAGCUACUCAUAAUUUAAUUGGAAUACUCAUAACCAUAAAAGUGUAAGAAAUAUAACUAGACUUAAUUUUAAAAUCUGCUGCUGUACUAAGGAAAAUUAUCCCUCUUAAAAUUGCCGUGGAAGUAUGCUCUACAAAUUUCCUAAAUAUGUAGACUGUGGCCCACAUAUAUUGAAAAGUUGCAUAACAAAAGACCUAAUUGGCAUAUGGUUUUCUUGACUUUCAGGGACAUGUAGAAAAAUUCUAAAUACAAGGAUGUCUUACAAAGUACAAGUUUAAUGGUUUAUGUUUUUACUUUUGGUACAUAGUGUUUAGAGGUAAGUGGACCUAUGCACUGUAAAAAUAAACUUUCAAAUUAAUGAAACUCAUUUUUGAAAAUCAAAAAGUAAAUUCAUUAAAUUUAAUCUAAUUUGUACAUGUACUAACUAGUAAUUUUAAGUAAUCUUUUGCUUCUUGCAGUUACUGGUGCCAUGUUGAAUAAUGAAGUUUGAGUGUCACAAAUGUGCAGUAAUUUUAUACCUUUCCUGCAGAGUAUCUUCAGCCUAUAAGCUGCCAUAAGGUAUUGCCCAAGUGAACAAAUGGUUGUCCUUAUACUAAGGACAAAAAUGAACCUUCAGAUUUGUGAAUUUGCUAAUUGUUUAGGUUGCUUUAAUGUAAAUGUUAUAAAGUAGACACAUAUCCACAGGAUUCUUUGACAUAGUUUAAGGCUAACUUGGAGCAAUUCAGUUUCUAUAUUUUAAUGUAUAUGUGAGAACAAUUCAGGGUUUCCGAUUGGAAUUCCAUCCUGGGACGCUUUCACACUUCCUUCUUAUAUGUAAUGCUACUUGGAUUGCAACAGUGAAAACAUCCAAGUUACGGUUAUCUUAAACUAAUCGAGCCAACUAAAGAUUGUAGACCAUGCUGAUAAACCCUAACAGCAGAACCAGAAAAGUUACCUUGAUAAAUAAAAACAUUACUAUUUUAAAAGGACAGAUGGCUUUUAGGCAUUGGAGCAUGGGCCAUGGUGAUGUAAAAAGUUGCUCUGAUACGUUCCUCCUGUGGGCGGGAAUGUCACAUUUCGUGAUUGGCUGUGUUGGUACCAGUGUUCUUGAGUUCCAGGAGCACACUGUGGGCUCAGUUCCAGUUUAAUCUCAGUACUCCUUGCUUCCUUAAACCCAACUCUGUGAACAGUGGACAUAUUAAACAUGAAACUCUUUUACAUGAAAACAACUUAUGUCCUUUUUUUUUUUUUUGGUACUGGGGAUCGAACUUGGGACCUUGCACUUGCGAGGCAGGCGCCGUGCCACUGAGCAACAUCCCCAGCCCUAUGUCCUUAAUAGCAAGAUAUUCUCAUGUGAAAAUAAGCCAAGUGCUUUUCUGGUCCAGAACUCCUGAAAUAAGAGUUGACCCUUAUGAAUCCCAUAAGGAUUGAUGUAACUACAUUUGAAGACAGUGCUUUUGAUCUUAGCCACCCAGUCUUUCUAGUGAGAUGUCAUAAUAUCCCCAAAACUCAUCUGCCUGAGAGAUCAGGCAGAGGGGACUGUCUUGCAGGUACUUUCUGCAGCUUUUGCUACAACAUGUUAUAUACAGGUUGCUUACGGAAGAGCAACGUCUUCACUGGGGGGCCUGGGAACUAGGGACUGAGUUUUAUUUUUAGUGUGAGUUCAUGCAGUGAUAGGUAGAAAUUUAUUUUUCUCAAGAGCAUUAAAUUAAUCUGGGUCUUGAAGUAAGUUAAGAGUUAAAUGGAAUCAAGUCAAAACACUUCAUUCUUAAAGUAAAUAAAACAACCUGUAAGAACACUGGAUUGCUACAGUCUGAUGAAACAGAAUUCUGCAACCUUGUGGUAAUGGGACUUAUGCUGUAGCAGUACAACUGUCUAGUUAGUGAAUAGUAAGACAAACUGUCUUCUCUCCCUAAUAGUUUAAGAAAGGUUUUUUAGUAGCAAAUUAAGCAAAAUUAUUUUCUUUACAAUGAAAGGUGAAAAAUAUAUUUAACUCAAAUCUCUUAUAUGUAUAAUCUAGCUGUAAAGAUUGUAAGAAUCUUUCUGAAUGUAGGACUUUGAAUGUUACUUGGACAAAAUCUUGAGAACUAGCUUCACAAGUAGAAAGCAACAUAAGCAAAGCUAAAAGUCACAGAAAUGGAGAUCAUGAGCAUUGUUUUUUGUUUUUAAUAUCUAUAUAAAAAAUAACGAGCAAUUUACAGAUCUUUCUCUAAUCAGAACCUCAAGUGUAUAUAUAAACGUACUGUACAUAUAUAAACAUUUACAACCAGUACAUCCAUGUUUUUGCUCAGCAUUCCAAGGCCACAUUGCUAAGUCAGUAUAUAAUCAGUACAGUGACAGGGUGCUUAGGGAAGAGCCACAUCAGACAACAUAUGACAUCAAAGUUAUGCCACAGUCAACGAUAAAAAUAGGAUUUGUAUCACUAAUUGUGGACUAUAGGGAAAAUAAAUCAUUUCUGUGUUACUAAAUUAUUAGCAGUUAAGCCUAAUUUUUCUCUAUUCAAGUAAUUACAGUAGGUGGGUAAAUAAGUCCUGGAUGAAAGAGGAUUGUAAAAGUCUCACUCUGGGAAGCGUGUGCUAUCUACAGGGCUGAUACAGCUGUUCUAUGCGUCUCACAGUCAGAUUUGCAGAAGGGUGGACCUGGACAUAGUGUGUUCCACAAGAUGAACUCAGGGCGACAGAACAAAUGUGUUAAAUACUCCAUAAAAUAUUUUUUACACUGCAAGUAUGCCUUUAUAGAUGCUACUGAAUGCUGCUUCAGGGAUUUGUAAAACCUGGACAUAUUUUAUGGAGUUAAAAGCUACCUUUCAGCACACAUCUUUAGACUUUUAAGAGAACUGUGUACAAGCUAAGCAGAUGUUUAAUCUGUUUUUCAGUAAGAAAGUCAGUGUAACUAAAAGGUAAAGAUCCAGCAUUGUACUGUCUACCAUGUUUGUCCUGACGUGCCGGGUAGGCCCCACCCGGGUUCUGCUCUAUGCACCUGGGCUUGUGCACCUGCCAUGUGAGUUGCUACUGUGUCUGGCAAUGGACUGGGAAAUGGUUUCAUGAUUAAGUCCCUCACAGUCUAUAUAAUCUGACUCUUCAAAUAUGUAUUUUCUAUUAAAGACUGAUGAUUUUAGUGGUAGAUAUAAUCCAAAUAUCCAGAAAUAGAUAAUUGGCAACUUCUCUCUGAAGGACAGUAAGCAUGCUUCUUUGUGGUUUCAUAAUGAGAAAGGGUGACCCGAGAUUCGGUAACUGGGUAACACAGCUGGGACGUGAACUCUGCUGCUUAGAGGACUUUCUCAUUUUCAACAUUCAGUUGUAAUAUCUGUAACAGUUAGUUGAAACACCUUAUCCAGCCAAAUUAAAAUAAAAAAGCUGUAAGAAAGCAUAACUAUUUGACCUUUUGCUUUAAAUUAACGAUGCUUGGGAGUUUUACUUUUAAACUAGGACUCCAUCAGAAGCUGUUAGUUUGAAUGAUAAGCUAACAAUCUCUUGUGCAAGGACUCAAAUAUUUCUCUCUGUAAACAUGCAACAUGCUAUUGAGAACACCAACUUCCAAGCCAAACUGGUUUCAUUAUUGUGGAAAUAACUGAAUGAGAAGGAUAAAACAGACAUUAUACAGUAGAUAACUUGGCACAAAUACAAAGUGAGUUGUGACCACACUGUUAGUAUCAACAUGUCACUUGUCAGACACCCAUGUAGAUGAGCGGGCAGGUGAGCGUGGGGACGCAGCUCCUUCCUUAGCGAGAGGGAGGGCAGCUAGCCAGGGAUGGUUGGUUCUUAGCAAUCCUAAAGGCCCUUCAUGCAGCCUUGAAACUUGAUGUGCAAAUUAAAAGGUUCUUAGGUGUUUCAGAAUUUCUGAAAAAAAAUGAUUUUCUGGAAAAAUGCUUUUAGUAAGAAAAGAUUACAACUUGUUUUUCUUUGUUUUAUGCUGAAGGUCACAACCGUUUCUUGGCCAUGCCAGUCAUGCCUGUGACUUUAUUUGCACUCGGCACCUUCCAGGGCCCUGGAGUUAUUGGUGUUUUUUUAACUGGAGAGCUACUUUCAGGUACAGUGUCCUUUAAUUCUUCUGCCUUUUCACAUAUCUGAACUCUCAUUAGAGAAUCUUCAAUUACUGGCACAUGAGACUCUUCAAAUAUGGAAGCAGAAUGUGAAGAUGGGGGAAAUGGUGACUGUUCAUCAUAAAUCACAUUGGAAGAUGAAGGAUUAUUAAUAUCCCAAUCACCUAAAAAAGUGAUUUGAGUGGAACAUUAUUACAUAAUAGGAACCAUAGUUUUGAACUUUGACAGCUAUUUGAAUUGUACUGAUUGCUUAAACAGCCUAAGUCUGAGUAUCUUCACAGUUUAUACAUGUUUACAUAUCUCUGUAAAGGCAGAUGUUUAUAGACAUCUGUACUUGAAGGGUAGACAUUUUGGUACAUGAUGCUUCAAUUUUAUAAUUAUGUAUAAUUAGUGAGAUAAUAUGUAAUCUGUAAGUUCUUUAUUAGUAAAGCCCAAUCAGAAGCAUAUAAGAAAUAAAUAAUAAAACUGGACCAAAUUACCUGGUCCAUGAGGCUAAUUAAGGUAUGAUCAAUGGAUGUAUCAAAGUCACUAAUAAAGGAGAUGAAACUGUGGUAACCAGAA